UUGAGUAUUAUGUAGUCAAAGAACAGCAUUAUGAGCUGUAACCUGGGACUUCCUGGUUCUCUUACUUUUAUAAACAGCAAGGCAGGGCAGGGGACAGCGAGCAGUCUGAAGGCCAGUUGGGUCUGCCUACAGAAAGGAUGAAGCCUUGCACUACUGUCUUCUUCUUCAUUCUUGCAGCUGCUCUUGGAUUCCAGGCUGGGAUUGUAUGUGCAUCGGAUACAGAAGAAGCCCUGAAGGCAAAGCAAGGACUUGAUGAACCUCUAGUGCUUCCCCUGGGCUUUGCAGAGCCUUUGGACUGCUGCUUCUCCUAUACCUCAUGGAUCAAGUGUUCAAAUAUUGUAUAUUAUUUCUACACCAGUGGUACUUGUAUCAAGCCAGGCAUCAUCUUUGUCACCAAGAAGAGGAACCAGAUCUGUGCCAACCCCAGUGAUCUGAAGGUUCAGAAGUGCAUAAAAAGCCUAAAGCAAAGCUCGUGAUCACAGAUCUGCAAAUCAUAACUUGCUUGAGAAGGAAGCAACACAGCUAACUUUGAAACAGAGGGGGAACUUGUCUGUGCCAAGCCAACCCCAGUGAUCUGAAAACUGAGAAGUGUGUGAAAGGCCUGAAGUUGACCUCAGUGACUACAAAUAACGUCUGGAGGGAUGACUCAGCAGUUAAGAACACUGGCUGCUCUUCCGGGGGACCGGGGUUCAAUUCCCAUUCACAUUGCAGUGCAAACUAUCUGCAGUUCUAAUUUCAGGGGAUCUGAUGCCUUAUUUGCCCCUUAAUUAAUAGUAUUUUUAUGAAUUCAGCUUCAUGUGACUAGUGCCAUCUUGAUCUGGAACCAUCAUGAUUGCCUCAGAAUAACUCUUGGGUUUUCCUGCAUGGAUGAACCUUGAGAGUGGUCUGUGGGUUUGGGAAUGUGUCUGGUUCUGAUGUCAGCUUAAGGCAAGCCAGGUACAUUCAACAAGAAUGAAAUCAAUUCUGUCUGAGCCCAUACACAACCCUGUCUUUGUGGGGACCCAGUUGAUCUUCCCACUGGCCCUAGAUCAGGAAGCCCCCUAAUAAAGAUCAUCCAUGCAACCACA